UUUAUUCUUUUUUUCUUAGAAUGUAGUAUUUGUGUUUUUUGUGUAUGUGGACAAAAAUGUGAGCGCUCCUGAUUAAAGUACAAAAGAUUACUUUUACAUUCUAAUUACCUACAUUUUAAAACAUAAUUAAUUAUUUAUUGUAACAUUGCGUCUUCUAUAUAGUUAAAUAUUUUAUAUUAAAAUAAAUUUCGAUAUUCGAUUCUGUGUACCUGCGAUUUUUUUCCUCUAUAGGUAAUUAUAGAUUGGUGUUAUAACAAUUGUACAUAAGCAUAUCUACAUCGUAUUUAUGGUAAUGGACGAGUCGCACACCAAUUCUAAUAGUAAUAAAAAAAUUAUGAACACAACCAUGCCUACUGUUUCAUCAUUGUCAAAAUCAGUAAAACGAGCAUUAGAGUCUGGAACUACAAUAAUUCCUAUUUAUUCAAAUUCCAAACAAGUCAAGUUAGAAAACGGAAAUUAUGGACGUAUGGGCAAAGGUGCAAUAAAUAACUUUCCAAUUAAACUGCCUGCCACUCUGUUAGCUGAGUGUACUGUAGAAAUUUCAAAUUUACCUAAAAAUAAUUUUUUACAACAUAAUGAAAAGAGCUUAACUAUUACAAAGAGUAACUUAAAGAACUGUCAAAACAAAAUUGCAGUUGAGAAACAGCUGAAAGCUACAGAAAAAGAAGUAACAGAAAUAGAUAUUCGUGAUAUGAUGACAAGUGUUGAAGCCGUUUACUCUGAUGAUGAAGAUACUCCAAAACCUAUAGAACCUGAUUUGGAAAUUCAACAAUCAGAAAAUCUUUUUCCAUUUUCAUGUGAAUAUUGUCCAAAUAAAUUUAGUAACCGUGGUGCUCUCUGGCAACAUACUGUUGCCUCUCAUUCUAUUGAAAAAACAUGCGAAUGUAAUUUGUGUGGACGUAAAUUUUACCGUAAUUGCAGUCUUGCAUUACAUAUGAAAAGCCAUUCAGAUGAAUAUAACUGUGCAUGUUCUAUUUGUGGCCGUGAAUUCAAUCGAUUUACAUUAUUACAACGACAUGCAAAGCUUCAUUCGGAGGUAGCACAAUACAAGUGCACAGCGUGUAAUAAGUCAUUUGAAGAUCUUAACACAUUACAGUUACAUGCCGUUGAACAUAAAGACAAAUUGGCAUGUGAACGGUGUGAUGCUGUAUUUACUACUAAGGAAUCAUUGGACAUACACUCAGAAGCAAUGCAUGGUGAACAACGAGAAGAUGUCAUACAAGACAGAAUGCAUGGUGGUGAAAAAUCAUAUGCAUGCCGUUUUUGUGGUAAAACUUAUGGGGCCAAAGCUAUUGUUAAGAAACAUGAGCUCAUUCACACUGGUGAACGAUUAAAAUGUGACGAGUGUGGUAUUGAGUUUACACAGAAAUCAUCACUAAUGCGUCAUACUAAACGUAUUCAUCCUACUGCCAACACACCAUAGAUAAAUAAAAUAAGUGCCUUAAAAUUCCAAUAUAUAUAAAAAUUAGAUUUUAUAAAUGGUAAUAUAUA